AUGUUUUUGUUUAGACAUGCCGAGGAUCCCGGUAACGUUCAGGAAGAUCCAUUCACGGACGUUUUAACAAUAACUUCUGCGGAUAAAAUAACAAUGGAAAAUGAAGCAAUGUAUUUGAGAGACAUGUUGAAAAGGCAAACGGAAACGUGCGACGAACUCCGUUUCGAAAUAAAUCGUUUAAAAUCGGAAAUUAAAGUCAACGAAGAUAAAUUUAAUUUUACUCUUAGAAAAAUCGAAUCUUUCCUAACGAAAUUUAACAAUACUGAAAAAGUACCCGUACCUUCUAGAAAUAUUCCUGCUGCAUGCAUCCAAACCACUUCUAAUAUUUCAAGGGUGAAAAUAAUUGAAGCAGAGGUUUCGACCGAAAAUACAAAUACGGCAAUCAUUACAGAACCUGAUAAAAAGGAAAUGGCAAAUUUAAAGUAA